AUGCAGGCCCUUGGGAACGAAGAUUUCGAGCCGACGGUAUCUCUCUCCCGUCACAAGAAAGAGUUCGGAGAGUUUGGGGGUGUGAAUGCCUCAAUCGAGAGCAGCACCACCUUCACAGUGCUCCAUGCAGGCGACAUGCCGCAAAUUUUCGAAGGCACGCUGAAUCCAGAGAAAGGGGCCUGCUACCUGUACGGGAGAAGCUUCAACCCAACAGUGCGCUACCUUGGUCGUCAGCUGGCUGCCUUGGAGGGCACCGAGGCGGGCUAUGCCGUCAGUUCAGGCUUGGCUGCCAUCAGUGCCACUUUCCUGCAGCUCUGCAACAGCGGGGACCACAUCGUGGCUUCAUCCGCUGUGUACGGCGGUACUUUUGCUCUGCUCAAGUCCUUCCUGCCAGCAAAGUGCGACAUUAGCACCACCUUUGUGGACAUCGCUGACCUAGAUGCUGUCAAGGCAUCCAUCACAGACAAGACAAAGGUGAUAUUUGCCGAAGCAAUCUCCAAUCCCACUCUGGUCAUUGCGGACCUGCCAGCCUUGGCCGACAUUGCACAUGCAAGGGGCCUCACGUUCGUGGUAGACAAUACGUUCAGCCCUAUGAUCAUCUCCCCGGCAAAGUGGGGCGCUGACGUGGUCGUGCACUCCAUGACCAAAUUCAUCUCCGGAGCUUCCGACAUCAUUGCAGGAGCCAUCUGCGGUCGAGCUGACUUCAUUCGUUCACUGAUGGACCUUCACCUUGGGCCCAUCAUGUUGCUUGGACCCACAAUUGACCCAAAAAUUGCUUCAGAACUCAGCCUUCGCAUUCCUCAUCUAGGCAUCCGCAUGGCGGAGCAUUCUCGCAGGGCCAUGGCUUAUGCUGAGCGCUUGCAGCUGGAGGGUGCCAUGGUCCAGUACCCGGGCCUGCCCAGGCACGAGCAACACCACAUCAUGGAGAAGCUGCGCAACAAGGAGUACGGCUACGGCGGCAUUCUGACGCUGGACCUGGGCAGUCAGAAGGCGGCGGAGCAAUUCAUGGAGAGGGCUCAGAACAAGCAUGCGUUUGGGCUGCUGGCGGUCAGCCUGGGCUACUUUGAGACGCUGCUCUCCAUGUCAGGCUCCACCACCUCCUCCGAGCUCACUGAGGCCGAGCAGAAGGCCGCCGGCAUUCCCAUGGGCAUGGUGCGCAUGUCGGUGGGGCUGACUGGGUCGCUGGAUCAGCGGCUGGGGCAGCUGAUGGAGAGCUACACCGCCGUCUGCGGCCAGAAGCAUCUCCCCUACCGCGCUGCCGAGGUGCGCCCCGACCCUUUCCCCAGCAGCUGA